AUGCUCGACGAGAUGGAUGGUCAGUUUGGCCCAGUCGACACCGGUCGCUUCGACUUCACCAUCUUGUUCGAGCAUGCCAUGCUCGGCCUGGUUCCCGCAGGAAUUCUCCUCCUGGCCUUGCCGGUAUUUUUAAAGGCUGCUCGUGCCGCUCGUCAGGCCCGGCCCGGCGCGCUUCUCUGGCUCAAGCUUGCCGUCAGCGUUGCCCUCGUCGCCAUCCAACUCACCAGCCUAGUUCUAUGGCAUCAUACCUCUCGAACACCUGUCUCGCUCGCGGCAUCCAUCAUGUCCCUUGUCGCAUCCCUGUGCGUCCUGGCAAUGACAUACGUCACCCACAUCUAUACUGUGCAAUCUUCAGCACUGCUCAGCAUCUUCUUAUCAACCACCAUGCUCUUUGAUAUCACUAUGGCGCGGUCUUACUACAUGAGAGGCGGCUUGGGCGCCAUCGCCGCUUUGCAAGUUGUAAUUGCCUCGCUUAAGCUAGUACUCGUUGUCUUGGAAGAGAUGCCGAAGCGCAACCUGCUAUAUUCGGAUAAAACCCGCAAUAACGCGGGCGCGGAGCAGUGCAGUGGCUUCUGGAACCGUUCCAUGAUGAUAUGGGUCACUCGCCUCGUGGUGGAAGGCGCCCGGAAGAAGCUCAGAGUGGAAGACCUUCCACCUAUCGGCCAGCAGUUCAGUUCUGAACAGCUUUUUGACCGUUUUACCCCAUUCUGGAAGAGAGCCAUAGCCAACAGCAAUUCAAAACGACCACUGGUCAGAGCUGGAUUUCGCACACUUUACCGGGAACUCCUCAGCCCAGUAUUACCUCGGCUCUGUCUGGUUGGGUUUUCGUUCGGCCGACCAUUUCUAAUGCAACGCGUCAUGGACUAUAUCAGCAAUGCCACAGUCUCCCGGUCCCAAACCAACGGUCUUAUUGGUGCUACAAUGUUGAUCUUUGGCGGUCUAGCGUCGCGCGUCGCUUCUACAUCGAAUGUUCUAGCCCAGCUGAAGAGCAUCAAAGCUAUGGGUCUGACCACGUCCAUAUUGAAGUUCCUACAGGGAAAGCGACUGAGCGAAAUCGAAACAUCAAUGAGCGAACGCAACGCACGCAUUUUUAUUUUUGCCAUCUAUGCCUUCGGAAACACCAUGGCUCCCGUUGCCGUAUUUGCUGGUGCUCGGUUCUGGACGCGAGUCGUCAAUCCCAUGACCGUACCCGAAAUCUUUGCCACCUACGCCAUCAUUUUAAUUGUUGCGCUACCUAUUAGCGAGCUCCUGGGUUAUCUCCCGUACUACGCUGGCGGAUGGGCAUGCCUGAUGCGUAUUCAAAAGUUUCUGCUGCUCCCCGAAAUAUCCGACAAACGUGACGCGGACGAUCCGCCGACGCCACAAAGCGCAGACUAUGCUGAAAAGAGAUGUCUGCAGGCGCAGCCAGGACCAUAUGCUGUCGAAAUGAAUCAUGUUUCCUAUACAUCUGACCUGACGGGACCUAUUCUCAGAGACGUGACUCUGAGGAUCCCCACAGGCUCUGUCGUUAUGGUCCAUGGCGGCCUCGGUACAGGCAAAUCAGCCUUUCUCAGCGCUGUCCUCGGAGAACUGCCUAUUGACACUGGCACCAUCAAUAUUGCGACAAGACACAUUGCCUACGCCGCCCAGACACCAUGGCUGCAGAACCUAACCAUUCAAGACAACAUCAUCGGCGCAUUCCCAUUUAUCGAAUCUCUCUACGACGACGUCAUAGAGGCGUGCGAUCUUGCUAAAGAUCUAGAUGAUCUCGCUGACGGCGACCAAACAAUGACGGGCAGUAAUGGCUGCAACUUGAGUGGUGGGCAGAAACAGCGCGUAGGGCUAGCACGGGCCCUUUUCUCGCGAUGCUCCAUCAUCAUCUUGGAUGAUGUACUCAGCUCCUUGGACGAAGCUACUGCUACAACGAUUGUUCGGCGCUUGGUAGGGCCAAACGGCCUUCUGCGCCGAUGGAAUUUGACAGUCAUCAUGACCACCAAGAAUCUGGACAUUCUUGGUGCCGCCGACAUGAUCUUUGAGGUAUCUCAGCACGGAAAUGUUGUCCAAAUGACACUUCCUCGUCCAAACUCUGGUAAUUGUAUAACAUCUUCGCGCUUUCGAGAGCAAACUCCUGAGUUGGCGGCCCAAGAGGAGGAAGACUCCCUUGGCGAAGUCAAAGGACCACCAACUGUCGACACUUCCAAAACGCCGGAAGUCAGCGACGACAAUAAGAGAAAGGAGAGUGACUAUUCUCUUUACCGCUACUUUUUUAGCUCCACAAGUGUUUUUAUGCUGUUCUUGUGGGUUCUGGGCGUCGCGAUUGCAGCGGCGCUUGAGAGAAUGCCGCAGAUUUUUAUGCGCGUGUGGCUCAGCGUCGACGCCAGCAAUAACAAGUACUUUGCGGGGUUUGUGGCGUUGAGUGUUUCGGAUAUCCUUGCCAUUUCAAUCGUUGGCGUGCAGUUCUUCAAACAGAUUGUCCCACAGACAUCGGCAGCGCUCCACUGGGGCCUGUUGCAGUCGACUUUGGAGGCAAAGUUGUCCUUCCUCAACCAUACCGACACAGGCUCGCUCCUCAACCGCUUCAGUCAAGAUAUUGCCCUGAUAUCGCAGACACUACCAACACUAUUCAUGGCAUCUGUUUCCAUGUUCUUCAAUGUUUUGGUGGAUAUUGGUGUCAUAUCAUCUGGAGCCAAGUACGCUGCACCGAUUAUUGUAUUCUUCAUCGUUACUCUCUACACUGUCCAGCACUAUUAUCUCAAGACCUCACGGCAGUUGCGCCUACUGGAGCUCGAGACGUCGUCACCGCUGAUUACACAUGUGACGGAAUCGAGCUCGGGUAUGGCACAUAUCCGCAGCUUUGGAUGGCAAUACUACUUCCAAAGCGAAUUCAUUCAACGUCUUGAUUCCUCGCAAAAGCCAUACUAUUAUCUGUACUGUAUCCAGCAGUGGCUUACUUUUGUGCUUGAUACUAUGACAUUUGUGUCUGCCGUCACCCUGGUCAGUAUCUCACUGGUUUUCCCGCAAUCUACCUCGGACAGCGCUAUCGGGCUGGCACUCCUCAAUCUUAUAUCUUUCAGUUCUACAGCGUCACUAUUCCUGUCGGUUUGGGUUCGGGUGGAGACGAGUUUGGGUGGCCUGUCGCGCAUCAAGGAAUUUUGCGCGGAGACGCCAAAGGAGCAGGACCGUGAUGGUAUGCCUGAGGUUGGGGAGGACUGGCCGACGACUGGCAAAAUUGACUUUAAUUGCGUGACUGCCAGCUACAGAGGUCCUGGCGGGGAGGUGCGCCGAGCACUCAGUAAUGCAACAGUGAGCAUCCAGCAUGGCCAAAGAGUCAGCGUUAUUGGACGCACUGGCAGUGGCAAAACAUCCAUGAUGUUGGCUCUCCUACACUUGAUUGAGUUCUCUGGCAGCAUCAGCGUGGAUAACCGGGAAAUCAAGACAGUCCCACGCCACACCCUACGUUCUCGAGUCACAACGCUGACGCAAGACGGUGUGGAACUCAAGGGCACAGUCCGCUUCAACAUGUUUCCUUUUGACGCACCUAUGCCUGCGGAUGACCAUAUAAUCGCUGCCCUCGAGGGAGUUGGGCUCUGGGCGCAUAUUGAGAAGCAUGGCGGACUGGAUGCGGACAUUGUAAAUGCACGAUUGUCGCAUGGUCACAAGCAGCUGCUCUUCAUUGCUCGCGCAAUUCUGCACCAGGAGAUUAUGGAUACCAAGAUUGUGCUCGUGGACGAGGCGACAAGUUCGCUGGAUGUGGAGAUGGACCAACAGAUUCAGGAGUUGAUGGACGAGUCAUUUGCCGACUGCACGGUUGUGCAUAUCUCUCACAGACGAGAGUCUUACGAAAACAUUGACCUGAGCAUUGGACUCAGUACGGGAGAAGUAGUUGAAGUGCUGCGGCGCAGCUCGAGGUCUGGGCACUGGGUGCCGGCCUACUGA